AUGACCAACAACAACAACAACAGUAGUGGUUGCCGAAGUCCGAGCACCCAGCAACCACCGUCCAGGUCACCGGUCGGCAGUAUGACCCACCUCGAGCACCGCAGCUCCAUCAGCUCGGCCAAGAGUCCGUGUCUGUCACGCCAGGGGACGCUGCGGUCGUCGCACCGGCGCAAGAGCAGUCUCGGGGCGUCCCUUAACCUAAGCCAGGGACGCCGGAGCCCCGGCUCCGGGAUGCUGAAUGAUCGCAGCCCCUCCGGACGCCCCAAGAGCCCGAACCUGCUGAUCACCGACCAGAUGUACGCGGCCAGCUUCGAUCGACGCUCGCCGACCGCGAUGUCCUUCUCGGGCCGUCGCUCUCCCUCCGGUCUGCGAUCCCCCUCCGGUCUACGGUCCCCAUCCGGACGGCGCAGCCCGCUCGGGUUCGGGAACCUCCAGUCGGAGUACGCGGAACUGCUCCAGAGCCAACAGGAGCGCUUCAGCCCGAACUCACUCAGUAGCCACCAGUCGUACCAGGAUCGGCGGACAAGCCCGACUACCAUCCACCUGCCACCGGAGCGCAGCCGAAGCCCGGUCGUCGUCGGCGGUGGCUUCGGGUUCCCGUUCGGACCGGGCGGCCGAGAGUCCCGCUCCAUGCGCACCAGCCCGACCGCGCUCGGCAACAUACCACCGAUCACCAUCUCGAACCCGUCGGAAACGUACGAUAUCGUCCAGAAGUCGAUCGAAACGGGCCACCACCAGCGCAGUCCCAAGAGUCCCAAAAGCCCCAUCCGGCCGGAACCGGGAACUGGACUGCCCGGGGCGGCGGCGGCGUCGGCGUCGGGGUCCUGUUCCAGCACCGCUCCCGAGAAGAAGGAGAAAACGAGCGUCAUGAAGGAGAUACUGGCGUUCGUACGGAAGCCUUCCUCCUCGUCGUCUACUUCGUCCUCGAAGAAGACGGCGGCAGCUGCGGCCGCCGCAGCGGCAGCUCCCCGGACGAACAAGUUCACGGCCGCGUUCACGCGGACAGUCGAGGCGCCGCUGCUGCGGCAGAGCACCUUCUCCAGCAUCCAGCACUCGUCGAGCUGCGCCGGGCGGAACGCGAUCACGAAGCAGAUGUCGGAGAUCGCGUUCGAGCCGAUCAUGUCGUCGCUAAAGUGGAAGAACGUCGGCUCCAAGAUUUCGCUCAAGUCACUCAAGAAACUGUCGCAGGGCGUUAGCGUCGGGAUCGGCGGCGGCGGCGCCGGGGCGGACGAGAAGCGCGCAGGACCUCGCUCGGACAAGCGCUCGAGCGGUGACGAGGUGAGCGAUCGCGAGAGCAGUGACGGAGUAGUGGCCCCCGCUACCUCCACACCCGCGGACACCGCUUUCGAGAUGCUGGAGAGUGUCCACUUCGAGAAGGUCGGCGACUCGUACAUCCGGCACGACCAGAUCCGGGAGGAGGGCGAAAGCCCUCGCGGUUCCCAGGAGGAGGCCGGCGAGGGCAGCGACGUGGAGGGCGACGCCGGCGAUGGGCGGCUGCGGGUGGGUGCCGUGAGCGAGAUGAAGAAGUCACUGGAGGCGCUGUUCACCGCCACCCGCCAGCAGCAGCCCGCCGGCAAUGACGAGGCAGCGGGCGAAGCGGUGGUGGCGACGACGGCGACGGACGCCAUCCAGUGUCCAACGUUCGAGAUCGAACCCCCGUCGCGGCGCGCCUCGUUCGAUCCGCCCCGGUCGCCGUUCCUGGAGAACCUGCGCAGUCUGAGCGAUACGGACCACGAGGGAACGACGACGCAGCACAGCCGAGACUCGGGCGGUGACAGCUUCGAGAUGAUCGACACCACCGACCGGAUGCCGGGCUCGAGCGUGUCCGGCGACCGCCAUUCGUCAAUGGACACCAGCUUCGACAUCUCGCGCUACCAAUCGACCAGCUACGAGGACCAGAACUCGUCCUUCGAGCUAGUCGAGCUGGACAGCUCGCAGCGCGGUGACAAGACGUUGUCCCCGUACGAUAUACGCAAGUCCUCGAUCGAGCUGGUCGACGCGGAGACGUUCCAGCGCAGCACCUACCCGGAGGGCCGCAAGUCGUCGCUCGAGACGCACUUUGACCUGGCGGACGGCUACCAGCAGCAGGGACAGCAGGGCCCGGGACCACCGCACCGCUCCGCCAGCCCCCGGUCGGCGUUCUCGGUGACGCGGGCCCCGACCCGGAAGCAAAUCUCCGAACCGGGUCGCUGCCGCGAGCCGCUCCACGGACGAUCGACGGGAGGCAGUAUCGUCGGAGGUCCGGCCGGACUGGCAUCUACUUCCGGCGCCGGCGGGGCCGGCACUGGCAUGAAGUCGCACCACUCGGCGCCGCAUCGUGCCAAGUCACCGCUCUCGAACCAGACGUCGUCCAACUUUAGUUCCCGCGACAGCUACGAUUCGAUCUUCGAAACGACGCCUCCGCAGCCGCACCAACACCAUCACCACCAGCAGUACCAUUCGCACUACCAUCAGGCGCACGGGAAGGGUCCGCCGCCGGACGGGAAGCAACACUUCCCGCUGGCGCCACCGCGGAAGUCGUCCAACGAGUCGCCACGGUUCCUGUGUACCGAUAAGCGCUGUGCCGCCAUCUUCGAACCUAGGCCAAUGCCGGCAACCGGUAGCGGUGGCGGCGGAGGUAGCGGUGGACCAUGCGGUGGUGGAUCCGGUGGGCGGUUGUCCUCGUGCUAUCUGGACACCUCGAGUGGAAGCGAGUUCGAGCCACCGUCACCGCGGCGAGCCGCCAGUGCCUCGCCGAAGCACACGUUCACGUUCCGGAUCGUGCUGAAGAAGGUGGACAGCUCGCCGGACGCGAUCUGUCCGUCGAUCGAGCGGCGCCAGCUGCGUGAGAAGGCCGAGAGCCGCCACAAGCGGCGUGACAGCCGGCGCAAGAAGCUGCUCGAAAUUGGCAAGAGCUUUUAG